UAUCUUCCUCUUACUCCUCUCAUUCAUUCUUAGUACGACUUUUCACACCACACACAACACAACACAACACAACAUUAUGAAAAUCUUGAAACCCUUUUUGUCACAACAAACUUCAACUCUUUCUUAAAUUCAUCAAACCUAGUUCUUGUUCUUUUUUUGUAAUGGCUGGUGGUUGGGUGAAAUCAUUGCAAUGCAAAUCUAAAGCAUAUGAAGAUGUUUACAACCCAAAUACUAAAAACCGAUUACAAAGCGCAAGUUGUAGAAAAAGUGUUCAAAACAUCAAAGAUGUUGUUGUUGAUACAACAAAACCCAAAUCCAAAAAACCACCGCUUCAAAAACAUCAUAGUUCAAGAUACCCAACAACAUCUUCUACUACAAGAACCGAUUUUGAAACUACUAUAAACCGUUCUAGAAGUGCAAACUCAACCACCGCAAACCGCCACCUUCCGUCGCCGGACCUGCCGGACCCACGUUUUUCUUCUCUCACAGAGCUAACAGAAGGACAUCCUUCAAGGAAUGUAGUUGAGAUUAUUUUCCAUACAAGUUGGGGUCCGAAAACUUUUUCGGGUCGGGUUGAGAUGAUUUUUAAAGUUCAUAACGGGUCAAGAACGGUGAGCCGGUUUGAAGAGUAUCGUGAAACGGUGAAAAACCGAUCUGGUUCGGUAAACACGAACAAUCAUGAAGAGAAUGCACGGUGUGUUGCGGAUGGGAAUGAAGUGAUGAGGUUUCAUUGUUUGGGUCCUACUUCCGGCGGUGGACCCUACGGUGGAGCUUGUGUGGGGUCGUUUCCAGGUGGAAAAGGAACGGCGAUCUGCACAUUUUCCGGUAGCGGUGGAGCACAUGAGAGUUCUGGUGGUGGUAGAGGAAGAAGGGCUAUGUUGGUUUGUCGGGUCAUAGCGGGUCGGGUUUCGAAGCAAGUAGGGUUUAUGGACUCGUUGUUGGAUGGACGAGUUGGGUUUGACUCGGUGAGUGGUGAUAAUGGCGAGUUGUUAGUUUUUGAUUCGCGUGCUGUUUUGCCUUGUUUUCUUAUCAUUUAUAAAUUGUAAAGAAAAAAAAAUUAUUUACCGUUUUUAAAUUUAAUCUUUGAUUUAUUUUUAUAGUUCUAGUUUUUUUUAGGAAAUACUUUUUCCUGAUUUAUUUUUAUUUUUGAUUUUGGAUGUUUGUAUGUAUCUAUGAAUGCUGAUUGUUGAGUUGAGGUGAUUCCGAA